CAAUGUUGUUUCUCCACUCCAUCAAACCAGCCAAGAAAACAGAACGAAAGUAUUUCCCACAGCAAAAAUUAAUCCUCUCGUCACCAAAGAAUGGAGGCCAAAUGCCUGGUUCUUUUGACAAUGGCAGUCAUGCUGGCACUGGCAAACGGCCAGGAGUCUGUGAAGCCAGUGGUGAAGAUCGUUAAGGGCAAGAAGGUGUGUGACAGAGGGUGGGAAUGUAAAGGGUGGUCACAGUAUUGUUGCAACCAGACCAUUUCUGAUUACUUCCAGACCUACCAGUUCGAAAACCUUUUUGCAAAGCGUAACACACCAGUGGCUCACGCGGUUGGGUUCUGGGAUUACCGCUCUUUCAUCACUGCUGCUGCUCGGUACCAGCCUCACGGUUUUGGUACCACGGGAGGAAAGCUCCAAAGUAUGAAGGAAGUCGCUGCUUUUCUUGGACAUGUUGGCAGCAAAACCUCAUGUGGUUAUGGUGUGGCUACCGGGGGACCAUUGGCCUGGGGUCUAUGCUACAACAAGGAAAUGAGCCCCAGCAAAAUUUAUUGUGAUGAUUACUACAAGUACACCUAUCCUUGCACUCCAGGAGUUUCAUACCAUGGCCGUGGUGCCUUGCCUAUCUACUGGAACUACAACUACGGAGAAACUGGAGAGGCUUUGAAGGUGGACUUGUUGAACCACCCAGAGUACUUGGAAGACAACGCUACCUUGGCUUUCCAGGCUGCGAUGUGGAGGUGGAUGACCCCGGUCAAGAAGCACCAGCCCUCAGCCCACGAUGUUUUCGUCGGUAACUGGAAGCCAACCAAGAACGACACCUUGGCCAAGAGGGUUCCAGGCUUUGGCACCACCAUGAACGUUCUCUACGGAGACCAAGUCUGCGGGCAGGGUGACAGUGAGUCCAUGAACAACAUCGUCUCCCACUACCUAUAUUACCUUGACCUGAUAGGAGUCGGCAGAGAGGAGGCAGGACCCCAUGAUGUGCUCACCUGUGAAGAGCAGGAACCUUUCAGCGUAUCUCCUUCCUCUGCAACAUCAUCCUGAUCACCUCCCUGUCACUGGGGAUUCAUCAGCCUCUUCCAUUAGCAAUGGAAGGGCAACUUUUAAUAUUGUUUUUGGAAAUUAUAUAUACUUGAUGAUAUGAUUUACUGAAAGAUGCGGAAAUUAUUUGAAAUUCUGGUCUUUGUGUGAAGACAUUACCCUGAACAAUUAUGGAGUUUACAUCAUUUUGAUGCUGUGCAAAAUUUUUUGAUACUCA